AGCAGCGAGCCGAACGACACCCGAGUCGGAAAAGAAGUCUCGGGUCGGGCGGCUGUAUUUGUUUCGGAACGUAUCUGACGGAUAAAUAUUUUGUGUCAGUGCUAUUUCGACGCGCUGAACGUAACGUUCGACAUACUCUCUACACUCUCUCCCGCGCUGGGCCACGUUGCGUAUGACUACGCUGCGUAUGCGUAACUCGCACAGUUUUCCACGAGUUCGAGUCCGAGUCCGAGUCGGAGUCCCUGCCGCGAAAAAAUCAAAACAAGAGCCACCGCAGAACGAUGACAAUCACCGGCCAGCUAGCCAACUAGUAGUCGUAAUUACAAAUACGAAUUAAGUUAAAUCGGCCAGACAGUGCCGUUGGCUACGCGCGAUUCCUCCUGCCGACGGCAAAACGUAAAAGUGUUUACUUCCAUGAGCCAGGUGGCGCUAUGAGCCAGAAAGAAAUAAUUAAAGAAUUAUUUUUGUCCCCCCUAACAAUAUAAUGAAAUAAUAAACAUGGUGCAAUGAUCAACAGUUAACGAGUCGCGGGAAAGCUAAACGAAAAGAAACCAAAACAUCCUCAUCCUCGAGAAAAGAAAGUGCUUGAAGCGUGCGUUUUUUGAUAAAAAGUUCUCUUGAUGAAAAAUCACCUGUCCAACGUUUUGUGUGCGAUGCGUAGUGACUUCAAGGAUAAUCACCAGGAGACCAUCAAUAAAAUGAUACAAUUUGGCACAGUGAAAUAUGGCAUUGUCAAACAGCUGAAGGAUCGCGCUCGCAGCGCCGACAAAGACACAGGCAGCGAUCAAGAGGAGAAUGGUGGCUGCUCGCCAUUGACCACGGCCACCACUACGGCCAGUCCCAGCCGGAGUCCCGAGCCGGAAGAGGAACACCACGACAACGAUCAGGAUCAACAGGUAUCCUCCAUCAAAGAACAGGUAGAGAAGCCACUGGAAAAAACAGAAAUUGAACCCAUUGAGGAUAACAAUAAUAAGGUAGUAACAAUGACAAAACCAAAUUCAGAGGACCGGGAACGGGAGCACGAGCCCAAUGCCAGUGGCUCCAUGCCCAGUUCCCCGGUCGCCGAGGCCAGUGCCGAAGAGGCGGCCACGGAGAGAGCUCCGGAAAAGGAGAAGGACAUCGAGGUAGAUGUGGAGAUGGGAGACGAGGCAAGCAGUGUGUUCCCCGCCACGGAGAUGGGAAGUCUGCCAGGAGCAGGCGGGGCUCCAGUGACCCUGGAGGCCAUUCAGAACAUGCAGAUGGCCAUUGCCCAGUUCGCGGCAAAGACCAUUGCCAACGGAUCCACCGGGGCGGACAACGAGGCUGCCAUGAAGCAGCUCGCCUUCCUGCAGCAGACCCUCUUUAAUCUGCAGCAGCAACAGCUCUUUCAGAUCCAGCUCAUCCAGCAGCUCCAGUCGCAGCUGGCCCUCAACCAGGCCAAGCAGUCGGAGGACGAGCAGGAGGAGGAGCCGGAACAGGAGACCGACCAAGAUCAAGAGCUGGAAACAGACACAUACGAGGAGGAGGAGCGCAUCGCGGACAUGGAGCUUCGCCAAAAGGCUGAGGCCAGGAUGGUGGAAGCCAAGGCCCGGCAGCAUCUGAUCAACGCCGGAGUUCCGUUGCGAGAGACCUCCGGUUCUCCGGGGGAAACCCUGAAGCGGAGGAGGGAGCACGACCAGGAGUCGCAGCCCAGCCGCAGACUGAGCUCGGAGGCCUCUAUCCACAAGGAGAACCACUCCCACCAGGACGCCCUCUCCAAGCUGAAAGAUCUCGAAAACACUCCCCUGCCCUUCGGUUCGGACCUGGCCUCCAGCAUCAUCACCCACCACGAUGACCUGCCGGAGCCCAACUCCCUGGAGAUGCUCCAGAAGCGCGCCCAGGAGGUCCUGGACUCCGCGUCGCAGGGCAUCCUGGCUAAUAACAUGGCCGAUGACUUUGCCUUCGGAGACAAGAACGGGGACGGUAAGGGUCGCAAUGAGCCGUUCUUCAAGCACCGUUGCCGGUAUUGCGGGAAGGUAUUCGGCUCGGACUCUGCCCUCCAGAUCCACAUCCGAUCUCACACCGGCGAGCGUCCCUUCAAGUGCAAUGUGUGCGGCAGUCGCUUCACCACCAAGGGCAACCUGAAGGUCCACUUCCAGCGUCAUGCCCAGAAGUUCCCGCACGUGCCGAUGAACGCCACUCCUAUCCCGGAGCACAUGGACAAGUUCCACCCACCCCUGCUGGACCAGAUGUCGCCCACCGACAGCUCGCCCACCCACUCGCCGGCGCCGCCAUCCGGACCGUUUGGUUCGGCCUUCCCGGGACUGCAGAACCUCUAUCGUCCGCCCAUGGAGAUUCUGAAGAGCUUGGGGGCCGGUGCUCCGCAUCCCUUCUUCCCCCAGGACCUGCCCACGGAUCUGCGUAAGCCCUCGCCGCGCUUGGAGGAGGAGGAGGCGGUGGCAGCUGUUCCGGUGAAGAGGGAAAUCGUGGAGGAGGAGAAGGAUGAGCAUCAGCAGCAGCAGGCUGACCACGAAGAGGAGGCAAUGAGCCAAAGAGAAGAGGAGCAGGAUAACCGCAACUCCUCGCCGGAGCCAGAGCCCCUGCCUCUUGAGGUGCGCAUCAAGGAGGAGCGCGUGGACGAUGAGCCGGAACAGGAGCAAGUUCAGAAGGAAGAGCACCGCAGGAGCCCUUCCCCCUUGCCACAGCAACCCUCGCCCCACCACCACCGACCCAGCCACCUUGGCUACCCCCCGGUGGUGCAGCCUAUCCAGCCCCCCGCCCUGAUGCACCCUCAUCCCUCUCCGGGCUCCCACUUGGACCACCUACCCACCCCUGGACAGCUGCCGCCUCGCGAGGAUUUCUUCGCCGAUCGGUUCCCGCUCAACUUCACGACUGCCAAGACCCUGUCGCCGGAGCACCACUCCCCAGUGCGGUCACCUGCGGGCGCUGGAGUACCACCACCUGGAGUUCCACCUCCGCACCACCAUCCCCACCACAUGGCCAGGUCGCCCUUCUUCAAUCCCAUCAAGCACGAGAUGGCAGCCCUGCUGCCACGCCCCCACAGCAACGACAACUCCUGGGAGAACUUCAUCGAGGUGUCGAACACCUCGGAGACCAUGAAGCUGAAGGAGCUGAUGAAGAACAAGAAGAUCAGCGACCCCAACCAGUGCGUGGUCUGCGACCGCGUCCUGUCCUGCAAGAGUGCGCUCCAGAUGCACUACCGCACCCACACCGGGGAGCGCCCCUUCAAAUGCCGCAUCUGCGGCAGGGCCUUUACCACCAAGGGAAAUCUGAAGACCCACAUGGCGGUGCACAAGAUCCGGCCGCCGAUGCGCAACUUCCACCAGUGCCCAGUGUGCCACAAGAAGUACUCCAACGCCCUCGUCCUGCAGCAGCACAUCCGCUUGCACACCGGAGAGCCCACGGAUCUGACGCCGGAGCAGAUCCAGGCGGCAGAGAUCCGUGAUCCGCCGCCUUCCAUGAUGCCUGGACAUUUCAUGAAUCCAUUCGCGGCUGCCGCCUUCCACUUCGGAGCUCUGCCCGGAGCAGGAGGUCCUCCGAAUCCCAAUCACAGCAUGCACAACGGAGCCCUCGGCUCGGAGUCUUCCCAGGGCGACUUGGAGGACAACAUGGACUGUGGCGAGGACUACGACGAUGAUGUCUCCUCGGAGCAUCUGUCGAACAGCAAUCAGGAGCACGAGCAGAACGACAGGCCACGAUCCGGGGAUGACUUCAAGUCCCUGCUGUUCGAGCAGAAGCUGAGGAUCGAUGCCACGGGCGUGGUGAACACGAAUCCCGUGCGGCCGCGGUCGUCGGCCUCCAGCCAUGGUGGCCACUCUGUUGGCUCCACCUCGGCCCCGACCUCGCCCACCACUACGUCGGCGGUGGUGCAGAAGCCCAGUGCUUCGCCCGCCCGCUCGGACACCUCCCAAGGAGCUCUGGACUUGACGCCCCGAGCUCAGCCUGCCUCCAGGUCCCCCUUGCCCGCCGCCAUCAAGGAGAAGCCCGCGGUGAGCAGUCCGCCCAGCCUGCCACGCAGUCCCAGCCACGCCCCCACCUCGCUGCUGACCUCCCCUCUGCCCCCAAGUGUGGGCAUCGACUGCCUGCCUCCUGGCUUGCAACACCACCUGCAGCAGCAGCACCAGCACCUCAUGCAGCAGCAGGCGGCGGUGGCAGCAGCGGCGGCAGCCCAGCACCACCACCACCAGCAGAUGGCGGCACUCCACCAGCACCAGGAGCAGCUCCGUCGGGAGGCGGCAGAGGCCCAGCAGAAGGCGGCAGCGGCAGCAGCGGCGGCGGCAGCAGCAGCAGCAGCAGCCGCUCAGCGCCAGACCUCCCCGCAACCCACUCAGCCCCAGCGGCCAGGUGAGGGGGGAGUAGGCCAGCCACCUAAUCCACUGAUGGGCGCCCGACCACCCUUCGGCAUGUUCCCCAACCUGCCGCUCUUCCCGCCCGCCACCACCCAGAACAUGUGCAACGCCAUGAACCAGAUCGCCCAGUCGGUGAUGCCGGCGGCUCCGUUCAAUCCGCUGGCGCUGAGCGGGGUGCGGGGCAGCACCACGUGCGGCAUCUGCUACAAGACAUUCCCCUGCCACUCGGCGCUGGAGAUCCACUACAGGAGCCACACCAAGGAGCGGCCCUUCAAGUGCAGCAUCUGCGAUCGCGGCUUCACGACCAAGGGCAAUCUCAAGCAACACAUGUUGACCCACAAGAUUCGCGACAUGGAGCAGGAGACCUUCAGAAAUCGUGCCGUAAAGUAUAUGAGUGACUUGAACGCCGAUCGCGAAUAAGUAUAAUCUCAGUUACCGCCAGCACGAUCCCUCCCAUAAUCGCCACCCAUAUGGGGUGGAGAUGACCUUGCUCCAUCAGAAAAUGGCUGGCAAUGGCAGCCCCGAAUCAGAAUCAGUCAGAUGCAAUCGAUUCUCGCAACCCAAUGAUCUCAACAUAUAGAGCAAAAUCGGAGAGAGAGAGAUAUAUAAAGGCCGAGUCUGGUAAAGAUCACUCGAGUACACAGAAAUCUUUUAUAUUUAUAAAAUGUUGCCCACAAAAAUAUUAUUUGAUUGUUGUUUCAAAAAGAAAAGUGAAAAACGAAAAGUUGCUAACAACAAACGGGGCUGAUCCAUGAUCGAUAGAAUGAUUAUGCUCCGCGGCAGCUCUGAGCAGCUUUCAUAAACAAUUUUUUAUGAUCUGGCGAUCUGGAGAACCGUAUAGCCUCCCGAUAUACCAAUAUACCGAUAUACCGGGGAGGAAGGAUCAUGAAACGUAUCCAAAGAUGCAUCAAAAGCGAUUUGUGUUCCAGCUAAACAAAAAUGAAUAAUAUGAAAAUCGAAAAACGCGGAGAUGGAACCAAAGGCUGCUUGGUAUGAAGAGACUGAUAGCGUUUCGUGUUCCACCAACACCACACACCUCUAAUGGCAGGGGCAGGCACACGGAUGUAUCUUUGCAUCUGUAUCUCUGCAACUGUAUCUGAAUCUGUAUCUGUGCCUGAAACAGAAACAGCUGAAGCGGACAGUGAAGGCGUAGUAAAAUCAAAAUUCGAAUUUAAAGCAAAUCUUAAGGUAUAUGCUAAAGUAAAUAUGAUAGGUACCUAAGCAAGAUUCAAGCAGAUAUGUGUACAUACAUAUAUAUGAUAUAUUAUAACCAAAAGCCCCUAAAACACUGAGACACAUAUAUGUUAAUAAUCUAUUUGGAAUGUGCAAUAAUACGACAUGCUAUAAAUUUAGAUGCGAACGCCGAGCGCAGGCUUUUGUUUCCUACUACUCGUAAAUUAGAUUUAUUUUCCACCUCUUGUACAUACUUCGUAUACAACACACCCACUCUAUAUUGCUACCUAUUAUUAUCAUUAUUAAUUAUUAAUUAUGGAACAUAAAUUUCGAAAUCCAAACUCUUUGCUUUCGAGAUCGGGUUAGGAAUAUUAAAAAAAAAAAAAAGAAUAACAAGGAAAACAAACAAAAAUAUAUAUGAGAAAUUGUGAUAUUAAAUGUAAAAAAAAAGAAAAUACAAAUUACGAGUUGCUGGUUGGCAGAGGGGGAAACCCAGUCGAAGCUCCAGCACAAUGCUUUCCAUAUCACAGAUGAGAGAACCACAAAAGAUAUCUAACAUUCAUAGUUAAUUUAGUUGUUAGCCCAGGGGACAAUCCCCGAUCCACGAACCACACCCAAACACACACACCAUACACACUCUCUAAUUUCACUUCAUUGGAAGAAUUAACCUCUAGACUUAAGUACAUGUAUUGAUUACCACACUUAAAUUAUACACAGAUACAAAUGUAUCUCAAUCUGUUCGUAAGCAUUAAGAAUAGUCUCAUAAUUUAUUAUGCAAAACCAAGAAAAAAAAAAACAAAACAAAACAAAACAAAACAAAUGCAAAUAAAAGUAAAUUUAUUGACAAGAACAAAUAAAUAUAUGUAUUUAAGUUAUGAAAAAUUAAUAA